AUGCCGUCCCAGCACAGCAAAGUGGUCAAGCAUGUCCACAAGAAGAAGGGCGCCAAGAUCAGCUCGCUUCACGAAAACAGCCGUGAUGCAAAGAGAAUCCGCAACGCCAGUGCUCGAGACGAGCGAGUCGCCAAUAUGCAUUCCACCCGUCAGAAGCAAAAUCGCACUUUUCUCGACAGGAUCGCUUUCUUCCAAGACCGUCUACCCGAAACUCUGCACCCUCUGUCGGUGGACGAAAUCAAAUCGCACAUUGAAGAGUACAUAUCUCGGUACGACGAGGAAUUGGCAACUCUCAAGUCUGAGCGGAGACCGGGUCGGCCGGCGAGCACGAGGCAAGCUUUGUUGGAGCAGGCGGUGGAGAAGGAACGGCAGGAGUUCGAGAGUGGCUUCUGGGUGCCGGAUUGUCAAGAUGAGAGUACCUUGAUGAAGUUGGAUGGGUGGAAGGGUCAAUGGCUGGAAUUGGGCGUGAUGCGCUUUGUCAGGAUUGACAAGGAGGGUGUGAUGAAGGAGAGUUCGUUUCCGCCGAGAGGUGCGUCGUAGACAUGGCGAAACGCACAAGGCGCUGUACGGAACGCUCCCUUCCUAGGGCAGCGACGCCUUCAGACUCGUCCGCGCGAGAGCACAACUCUGACUGAUGCCUGAGAGUGGUACCAAGCUCUACGUACGGUAGUCAAGAUGGCGCGCACCCCCCCAUGACAGCGCUGGUAUCGAUUCCAGCGGCAUCAUGCAGGACUCCGAUACGUCCCUCGAGUCCGAGCAAUGAAUCUACCACUUGGAGUCUGAGACAGGGAUAGAUAUGAACUCACAUGAGCUGAUUCUGCCGAGUAAAAGGACUCCCAAAUCCAACGCCACGAGAACUUCCUGAAACGGGGAUCGGCAAUCGUCUGUCUACCAUACUGCUUCAAAGCCGUCGCUCACAUCAUAGAGCCGAACACAUUGAUCAUGGAGCGCCCGGGAAAAACUGACGCUACGGUCCGAGGUCGCAGUGUCCUUCAUCAAUGUGGCACCUUUCACCUAGGUUCAAUAAUGUCAGUAAUGUAAUCUGACACGCCAUCAUGGUCAGUCAAC